UUUGGAGUUUAAUAUUGAAGUGAUAUUUAUUUUAUCCAUUGAUGACUGCAAUUAUCACUGCAUUUGAUCCACAAUUUCGCGCAAAUAACUGGAUUGACGUCACUUUUUUAGUGUGUGACCGAUGAACUCGUCGACGACUACCGAACCGCAGCCCGCAAUCGACGACCUAUUGCUAGCCGAAGAUCUCGAUGGCCAGCAAUUGUCAGCGCGGGAACCGCUAAUUAACACCGAUAGUGAUGACGGCGAUGAUCGUCGUCGUCUGUCAGACAUUGUGGACGAAUUGGAGGCCAAAGAGACACAGAUCUUGAAGUUGACACUCAUUUUAGACAAGUUCUUCACGAUGUCCGACGAGUUUCGGCAAACUUUGCAAGAGUUUCACCGAAACUGCAAAUGCAAUGAAACGGAAAGACAACGAAACAGAUAUAAAACACUCGAUGAAGACUACGAGUCCAUUGUCCGCGAAUAUCAUCAAAACAAAUACGAAAUCGACGACAAUGACAACGAAGUUAUGAUUGUCGACGACGACGACAGUGACUAUGAAGACGAUACAACUGUUGACAAACAGUCUUCAGAUAUAACACCAACUGAUGAGUCUUUCUUGUGUCCAAAAUGUGGUAAUUCGUUGUCUAAAAGAUGUCAUUUAUUAAGUCAUGUCCAUAGAAUGCAUUAUAUGAAGACACUUAAUGAACUUGAAAAGUCCAUCCAAGACAAGACCGAAUACUUCAAAUGUCAAUACAGUGAUUGUCAGUUCAUUAACCGCUAUCCGUGGAUCACUGUCCGCCAUAUAUUUGACCAACAUUUGGGAUUCAAUAAGUAUUUAAAAUGUAUGCCAUUUAGCUGCGAACUGUGUGGUAAAGAUUAUAUGAAAGUGAGGUACGCUAUGAUUCAUAUGAAGGAUAUCCAUAAUACUUCAGUCGAGUACUUCAAAUGUACGGCCAGUAGAUGUGAUUACGUAACCAAUGAGCUGAGAUUGAUAACUGAGCACAGGAAGGUGACGGGACAUAUGUUGUCUCCCAUUUGUUUUUCAUCGAAAAGAGAAAUGUAUUUGCGUGACAUUAAAUCACUUAAUUACGGAUCAACUGUACAGACGACCACAAAUCAAUGUAUUGAUUUAACUGAUGAACCAACAGAUAAUGUUUUAACAACCGAUUGUCACCAAAUGUUGUCCGAAUCGUCGGACACAUCAUUAGUUGAUAAGUUUGAUGAACGAAUGGAUCAGAUUAUCGCACAACAAAUAAGACAACAUAGUUUGCAUAAUAGACAACAAAAACACAAUCAACAACAACAACAACAACAACUAUUAAGUAGUAGCGAUGAAGACACAAGACCUGAUGAUAAAUUUAUUUUUGGAAGUCUAUUAGUAAAUUUGAUGCAAUCUAAUAAGCCAACCGGUUCAGUGCAAACGGCAACCCCAACAGUGGGCACACAUAUUAUUGGUGAUUACGAAUUGGUUAUCAAUAAGAGAAUCAUGAAUAAGAAAACAGUUCCAUAUUUUAGACAAAAUAGAAAUGCAGAUAAAAUAUAUAAAUAUAAAUAUUGUUAUAAAUGUGAUCGACCCAAUUGUAAUUACUAUACCACCAGUAAAAAUACAUUUUUAAAUCACACCCGAAAAAUGCAUGCAUUGAAAUGUGACAAAUGUGAGACCUGUUUCGUGUCGGCUGACACACUGGUCGACCAUUUGAUGGCCAAUGAUUGCAAUAAUACUGUCUUAUUCUGUAGUGUCUGUUUUAAAGAGUUUAGUGACUUAAAUACUUACGAAAUGCAUAAACAACAACAUAAUAGCUCUUCGGGAUUAAAUAGAGCUGAAGAUUUGGUUUCCAAGAAUAAUGUUUCAGAUAAUGACAAAACACAAGAACCAGAUUUACAAAUACCUGACCAUCAAUUAGAUGCUAAAGAAUCAAAUGAUGAAAUACAUGAGAUAAUACCGACGACAUCCACCGAGAAAUGUUUGAAAAGAAAAUCAAAUCUAAAAAUUAAUGAUUUGCGAUACGAUUUAGACAAUAGUGAUAAUCAACCGAUAAGUGUUAACAUUAAUGAUGAUAAAGACGAUGAAAAUGACUUUAUGGAUGAUAAUCUCAGUAACAAUGAAAGUGACAACAAUUUUAUUUAUGGAAAAGAUUUAUUGAGCAAAAUUCAAAUCAAAUCUGAAUGUGACUCUCAAUCAACUAUUGAUUUUGAUGACAAUAUUGAUAAUAACUAUAACACAAAUUUGCCAAAAUUGCAUACGAAAAGCAAAAUCGGUCCGAAACCAAAAGGACAGUUACGGUUACAGAGAAUUGUUUGUCCAUUUUGUAAAUUUUCUAAUUUUGACAAUAAAUCAAUUGUUAUCCACAAGAGACUGUGUUAUCAGCAAUCGUUGGACAAAAAGUUUUCUCUUAUUGAUAACAACGUCGAGCAACAGACUAUCGGUAAUUGUGGUCAGAAUUUUGUCUGCGAUGUCCCGGAUUGUGGCUAUGAGUGCACAGAUUUACUCAUAUUUAAUGAUCAUAAACAACAACAUUUGACCGAAAACAUCGACAAAAUUAUCAACGAAUUUCAAGAUGGAAUUCACCGAACCAUUGAAAUCAAACGCGAAAUUAUCGAUUCGGACAAAGAUUUCAAUGUCAAUGACUUCCUCGAAUUGGCCGACGAUGUGAUGGCCGAUAAAAAUUGUACAGAAAAUAGCGAUAAUGAGUUGUCGUUAUCAUUGAAAACUAAUAUUUCUGACAAUCAGUUAUCUGAUGACUCAAAUUUGUCCAAAAGCGCUACCAAUUGUUUAGUAAACAAAUCGUUAACAAAGACACGAUUGCGAGGUCUUAACAGUCCUCGAGAGCCCAUUCGUAUGGCAUCCGAAUCGUCGAAGAAAAUCUCAGAAUUGUUUAAAAGACAUAAAAAAUAA